AUGAGAGAUGCCACAAUUAAGAGAGCCACAAAUGAGACACCCACAAAUGAGAGAGUCACCAAUGAGAGAGAUACAACCAAGAAGCCUACCAAGAAAGCCAAAAAGUCCAAAAGAAAAGUUGCACAUGAUGAGGAGACGGUAGGAGUUGAUGAGGAUGACAUCUACUUUGACACUGAAUCACUUGUGGCACUAAGUGAUAGCAGCUAUGACACUGAUUUGGCUGCAUCAUCUGACUCUGACUCUGAUUGCAAUGACCCUGAGUAUGAUCCUGAUUGUGAAAUAGUUGAUGAGGAUGAUGAGGACGAUGUUCCUGUCUUUUCAUAUGAUGUUGAUGAUCCAUGUAUUGAUAAUGAUGUGAUAUUCCCAGAUGUUGAUCAGUGCAAGUCAGCAGUUACCCAUCAUGCUAUCUUGAAUGAUUGUGCUUUCCAUAUCGUCAAGAAAGAUAAGAAAAGAUUUAGAGCCAUAUGCAAGAGAGCAUAUAAGGGUUGCAAGUGGCAGUUUUAUGCAUCUACCAGCAAGAAGUACAUUGGAUGCAAGGUGAAGACGAGUGGACCAAAGCACACUUGUGGUUCAUUCAACAAAUGUGGUGACACGAUGGCCUCAAAUAAAUGGGUAGCUGACAGAGUGGUGGACUUGUUGCGGGACAAACCCACAAUGGGACCUAAGGAGUUGCAGGAUGAGCUGAAGAAGAAGUACAAGAUGGAUGUUCCAUAUGACAGGGUAUACAGAGGCAAAGAGAGAGCACUUGACAUGAUAAAUGGGAAGUGGGAUGACAGUUAUGAUUUGCUACCUACUUAUCGCGCUGAGCUUCUCAAAUCAGUACCUGACAGUAUCAUUGAGUUAGACACAGAAGAGCACAAUGGGGAUGUGUGUUUCAAGAGGUUCUUUGUUGCUCUUAGACCAUGUAUUGAUGGUUUUUUGCAAGGAUGCAGGCCCUACAUUGCCAUGGACUCCACUCACUUGACAGGAAGGUCAAGAGGUCAGUUGGCAUCAGCUGUUGCAGUUGAUGGUCAUAACUGGUUAUUUCCAGUUGCAUAUGGAGUGAUUGAGACAGAGUCUAAGGAAAGUUGGACAUGGUUCAUCCAGAACUUGAAGAAAGCUAUUGGAACUCCUAUAGGUUUGGUAAUCAGUACAGAUGCAGGCAAAGGAAUAGAAGGGGCUGUAGAUGAUGUGUACCCAGGAGUGGAACAUAGAGAGUGUAUGAGGCACUUGUGGAAGAACAUGAAGAAAAAGUACUAUGGUCCCUUGUUUGCUCAGAAUAUGUGGGCAGCCGCCGAGAGCUUCACAAUUGAUAAGUUCAAUUACCACAUGGGGAAGAUAGAGGAGAAGAGUCCUGAUGCACUUUCCUGCUGGGUGUCAAAAACCAAGGACAUGCAGAUUGUGGACAUGCAUGACAAGAUAAGACAGAUGAUCAUAACCAAGUUUCAUUUGAGAGGAAAGAUUGGUAGUAACAUGGAGGGCAGAAUAAUCCCAGCUAUUACUAAGUCUUUGAAUGCUAAAAGCAAGACUAUUAAGGACCAUGAGGUCUUGACAUGUGGAGCUGGAACAACUGAAGUAACUGUGUCCACCAUCAGGCAUGCAAUCAACUUGGAGCAGAAGACAUGUAGUUGUAGGGUUUGGCAAGUGACUGGAAAGCCCUGUAGCCAUGCUUUAGCUUUCAUUGCAAAGCUUAGUAGGGAGGUACAUAUGGAUGACUUUGUCCAUGAAUACUUCUCUGUUGAGAGGUUCAGAAAGGCAUAUGCAGGUGUUUUUAAUCCAAUGACAUCGAAGCAUCAGUGGCCACGUGUUGACAUAGGUUGCAAAAUCAAGAAGCCUAAAUUGCGAAGGAAACCUGGGAGACCAAGAGUAUCCAGGAUCAAGGCAUCUGAUGAGGCACACACUAGGAAGAGAAGAGAAUGCACCGAAUGUCAUGAACUAGGACAUACAGCCAAGCAUUGCCAAGGAGGUCUCACAGCUAGUCAAAAGAGGAGGCUUUCAUCUUCAGAAAAUACAUCAGGAGAGGGGAGCAAUGAUCCAAGUGUUACACACACAUCAAAGUAA